AUGCCUCAUAUCACCAAGAUCAAGGCCGGCCACGGGUCAGCUAAGAAGCACAAAGUGCAAGCCGACACGACUCUUGCUCCUCAUCUCAAGCUACUCCAGGUCAAGGAUGGGCUGGACGAGUUAGGCGAGAUUCAGACGGCUCCUAUCUUCACUGCACCAGUGCGACAUCAUGCAGACUCGCUGAGACUCUCUAAGCAGGCAGAGCCAUUCACUCAGUACGGCCUCCUUGGCGGCGAUACAAAUCAGGUUGUUGCAAAAGACCCCCGGAUCUUCUACAAUGUUGCCGCUCCGUCAAGCGUCUUUAUCUGCGGUAGUCAGGGCUCUGGUAAGAGCCAUACGCUGUCCUGCCUCCUGGAGAACUGCAUGAUCCCGUCUCGGGCGAAUGAGCUUCCUCGACCCCUUACCGGCAUCGUCUUCCACUAUGACACUUUUUUCUCCGACUCGAACUGCAACCCUUGCGAGGUGGCCUACCUAGCAACUUACGGCAGUCUGAACGUCAAGGUUCUCUGUCCGCCCACGAACAUUGCCACAGCUAGGAAGACCUACGAGAAGUUCCCACGGAUCAAAGUGGAGGAGCUACGCAUUCGUGAGACGGACCUCAACACCAAGCGCAUGCUUGACUUGAUGGCGUUCUCGACGAGCAAUACGCCCUUGUACCUCCACGUCAUAAGCCGCAUCCUUCGAGAUAUGCGUAUCGCUCAGCAGCGGAACGGGACUCAGUUCAAUUAUGAGCAGUUCAAGAACCUCAUCAACGACGAGGAGCUCUCCGAAUUCCAGCUUGCUCCACUUCGACAACGUCUCGACACCUUGGAGAGCUUCAUGGCCCCGCCUAGCCAGACGAAGCUAGGAACCAGCUGGGAUCCCAAGCGCGGCCAGCUAACAAUCGUCGACCUGUCCUGCCCCUGCGUCACCCCUGAGAUGGCCUGCUCGCUCUUCAACAUCUGCCUCAGCCUGUUCCUCGAGCAGAGCUCGAGCGUCGGCCGAGUCGUAGCCCUUGACGAAGCACACAAAUACAUGAACGAGUCCUCCGACUCCACCGCGCUGACCGAGUCUCUGCUCGCCACGAUCCGCCUGCAGCGCCACCUCGGCGCCCGCGUCUUCAUCUCGACCCAGGAGCCCACCAUCUCCCCGAAGCUCCUCGACCUGUGCUCCGUCACCAUCGUCCACCGCUUCACCUCGCCCGACUGGCUGCGCACUCUGCAGAAACAUCUGGCCGGCGUGUCUUCGGCGUCGAAGAUGCUGCGGCAAGUCGAGGACGAGGAUGACUCUGCUUCAAGCGCUGACGAUAGUUCCGACGACGGCGUUGAGCCCUUGAUGCUUGGGAGCAGCAACCCGACGCUGGAGCUGUUUUCGUGGAUUGUACGGCUCCGUAUUGGCGAGGCGUUUGUGUUUGCGCCCAGUGCUGUGAUUGGAGUUGACAGGUCGGGUGAAGUCAAGCGUCUGGGUCACGGAGCGCUCAAGGUCAGGAUCCGCAACCGUGUCACUGAGGAUGGGGGCAAGAGUGUCAUGGCGGUAUGA